CAAUUGUUUGUUUGUACUUCGUUGUUGUCUAUAGUCGUCAAUUAAACCUAAAAUGAAUUGUAAAAAUGUUUCGAUUUGCGCUUCAACAUUCGCAGGAAUUUUGAUUUAUAUUGAAUAUGGCAUCAUUUUGGCAUGGAAUUCACCUACAUUGGAUAAAUUUCGAUCAAAUAACACCGAAAUUAAUCCUUUGGGCGAGCCAAUCUCUGCUUUGCAGCUUUCAAUAUGCACAUCGAUUUUUCCUGUAUCUUCGAUUGUGACGUCUGUGGGAGUAGCCAAACUGCCCGAUAUAUUCGGAAGAAGAACAACAUUAAUUUGCACUGCAGUUUUAGGAUUUACUUCUUUUAUCGCGAUGGGUUUCGUUAAUAACAUUUGGGCGUAUUACCUCAUUCAAUUUUUAUCCUGUCUUAGUAUAAGUUCAGGUAUGGUAGUAACGCCGACUUAUCUAUCAGAAAUAUCGAAAACUCAGAAUAGAGGGAUGCUAAGUUCUACUUGUUCCUUAGGAAAAACCGUCGGGCAAUUGUACAUAUUUGUUUUAGUUCUAGGGACCAAUUUUCAAAGUCUAUCGUUUUGUUGCGUUGUACCUUAUUUAAUUCUUAUUUUGUUGUCGUUUUACCUGCAGGAAUCGCCUAUAUUUCUGUGGAUGAAAGGGAAACCAAAUUGCGCGGUCAAUACUAUGAAAAAAUUGAACAGGAGCUCAAGUCUAAAUAAGUUGGAACAAGAAACGAAGGAAAAGGAAGCAAUGCUUCGAUCAGAAAAUACUAAAAACUCUUUUAAUAUUUUAUUUGGAACACCUGCAGGCAGGAGGGCUUUGUUUUUAACAUUGCUUGUCCGUGGAUUAUCGGCUUUCACCGGUGCAUACGUUCUUAUAUCAUUUUUAGGAGAUUUUCUUAGAGAGCCAACUCAUUUGAAAAUUUCUGCUGACGUUAUAGCGGUAAUUUUAAUUGUUACUAAAAUUAUGACAGCUUUAUUUAGUGUUAUGUUUGUUGAUAAAUUCGGCAGACGUAUUUUUAUGUUAACAGGAACUUUUUUGUUGUCAGUUUCACUCAUCGUUUUGGGUGUUUAUUACCUUUUUAAAGAAAAAAACGCCAUUAUUCCAGACAAUGUUAAACUCAUACCUGUCAUUUUUGUAUUCGUUUUUUUUAUUGGUUAUACAAUGAGUUUCAGCGGUGUAAGUUUCGCACUAUUAUCGGAAAUUCUUCCUAAUGAAGCUAGAUCUGUCGGUACUGGAUUAGUGUGUUUCAUUACCGAUGUCUGUAUACUAAUACAGAAUUUUGGAUAUCCUCUGGUUAGUAAAUAUUUUGGCGUUCACUACUUCAUGUUUUUUUACGGCGUUUUUACAAUAAUUGGUUUCGUUUUAUGUCUAAUUUUCUUACCGGAGACCAAAGGAAAGACCUUCUCAGAAAUACGUACGAUGUUAGAAAGUAAGUAAUAAAAGAUUUGAAAAAGAAAAACUUAUUUAUUUUUUAUGCGGAACAUCGAAUGUACUAUUCAUUUGAGCCUCAUAUUUAUUUUACCUGUAUAUAAUCGCAAUAUUUGAACCAAAUGACAAAAUAAUUAAAUGAACUGGAAAGUUGGAUAAGAUAUCUUUUAAAACUGGCUGUCCAAUGUAGAAUACUCUGUAUUUACGUGUUAGUGAU